UCUUGCGCUCGGAUUGGAGUUGUUCUCGGUGGGAGGGUGUGGUGGGGGUCCGUUGCUGAUGCUGGGCAGAUUGCGUUUAUCUCCGCAUCUCUGCUCCGCUACCCUUAAUGCUGCCACUGGAUGGCUGCGCGUCGCACUUCGACGUGAGAUCAUAUAUUGAGGGCUUCAUCUGAUUAGAGAAUGCAAACAAACAUGACAGACAGUACGACUUCUGAUCCAUGCCCUGUUCCUAAUCCGACUAUUGUUGACCCGUCGGCUGUGCGAAACGGACAAUGCGCCGCUGCCCAGGAUCCGAACCUACCCAAAAGAGGGAGCCAGGACGAUCCUUUCAACAUGGACCGGGACCAGGAGAUGAAAAUCACAGAUAGCGUUGAGGGCCAAGGACUCUUGGAGAGCAGCAUGCGCCUGAAGCCUCACGAAGCUCAGAGUUACAGGAAGAAAGCUUUGUGGGUGUCCUGGAUCUCCAUUGUGGUGACGCUCAUCCUGGCUGUGGCAGGCUUCACUGCAUCCUUCAUGAGACACAGCGCAUCAGCUUUUGGAUUUGCCUUUGAUGCAUCGUUAGAUGUUCUUUCCUCCAUUAUAGUGCUGUGGCGCUAUAGCAACGCUGCAGCAGUGCACUCUGCCCAUAGAGAAUACAUAGCAUGUGUGAUCCUGGGAGUGAUUUUCAUCUUGUCUUCUAUGUGUAUUUUGGGGAAGGCCAUCCAUGAUCUGGCCACCAAACUUCUUCCUGAAGUGGGUGACUUCCUGUUCAGCGUUUCUAUCGUCAGCGGCCUCAUGUGUGUCAUUCUUGCUGUUGCCAAGUUCAUGCUGGGAAGGAUUUUGACCAGCAGAGCUCUAAUCACUGAUGGCUUUAAUUCUAUGGUUGGAGGCAUCAUGGGAUUUUCCAUCCUCAUCAGCGCUGAGGUGUUUAAACAUCAUCCCACCAUCUGGUACCUGGACGGAACCACUGGGGUCCUGAUUGGACUCAUCAUUCUAGCUUAUGGGGUCAAGCUGUUGAUCGACAUGGUGCCGCGAGUAAGACAGACUCGAAACUAUGAGCGCUUUGAGUAACGCUGGUUCAGAAGAACAAAAAAGGCAUCAUAUGGAUCCAGUUAUCCCUCUCGGCUCCUGCUGCUCUCUCAACUCACACGAUACCCAAAUACAUCCAGGAAUGAAGUCUGCUGGCAGCCAAUUCAGCAUCAUGUAUUGUAGAAUCCCUAGUCUGACCAGCUCCUGAUGUCCUCUUUCACUCAGCACAACAUUUAAGAGAAGGAAGGAGGAAGAAGAAAGAGCUGAUCAGUGGAUCCGUGUCACUCCUAGCACUCAAGAUAUCAUCCUGAAGGGAGUCACUGCUUUUAAACAGAGAUCAGCAUUUAUUGGUCACAUCCAUGAAAUUUUAUUAUGCCACAUUUUAUGUUUUUGUUUCUUAAAUUAUGGAGGAAGACAUUGACUUAUACUAUAAUAUACUCUAUGUUUAAUGAAAAAUCACGUGAAUGUGUAUGUGAAACCACACGACUAUAAUUCAUUUUAGGUCAGUUUUAGAGAUCAUCUUUCUGUUACAUCACAUCGUCCCACCUGUUGUCCAUCAGAAUGAUUUAAUUAUAUGGUAUGUUUAUUUAUUAGUGUAUAAUAUUGUAUAUAUCUCAGAGCUAGAGACCAGCAUCGUUUCCAGUGUAGCGGUGAUACUUAUUUAAAUGAAGAAAGCACACAGAAAUGUCCUGAAUUAGUCAUAACUAUUAUAGGUUAAAGACAACAAUUCAGGGUCAGUAGGAUAAUUAUAUGAAAUAUCGAUAUUGGAAAAAUAGCUUCAGGUAUUUACAGGAAAGGCCCAUAAUGCACCAGUGAUCUGUCAAUAGUCAAAAUGACUGACCAGCACAGAAAGCAGCUUGAACUUCCUGACCGUUUAACUAUUUCUAGCACCACAACCAGGACAAAAUACAAAAACUGAAAUAAUCCUAGAUCCAUGUACUCUUGUGUUUUACUACUUUUAAUUUUUCAAUUGUACUGCACACUGUGCAAUUCAAUGCUAAAUAUCUUUAUUCAUGUUUUUAGCUGAACUGUUUUU